CACAACCUGGGAUAACCUGAGACGCGCCGUGGGAGACACUGGGAAGUACCACUGCCUUACUCGUACAUUAUCCGGUAUCUAUCUGCCUAGGCAGUUCGAUAAACAUUGAUUUUAUCCCCUUCCCCUCCAUCGUCCACUGCGAUCAUUACGUUUGCGCUUUUUCUUGCCAGUACCCCACACCAACCCGGUUCAGUCUACUGGGUGAUCCCGGCCGAUUAUACUCGUCAUUAUUGCUUUUUCUUUCUGAUAAUCUCCUUUGUCACCUUUCCCUUUCCUUUUGCUUGUGCAUUCUCAUACCUAGGGUGCCAUGACAGUUACUACCGAUGCGGACAGUUCAGAGGAUGUCAAUGACUUCCUCCAGCGGAUUCGGGAGCUAGGCGAGAAACGCGAUAAGGAGGACGAGGAACGGACCAAGAAGUUGGAGGAGGAAAUCAUGCAGAGUCGCAAGGAGAGGCAGGCUCGAAGAGCUGAACGAGCGCGGUCGAUUUCGCCAACAAAGGACUCCCCAAUAUUGGAUUCCGCUCGUCAGCGUGGGAUCGAGCCUCCAGAACAACUCUCGCCCACACCUCGGACACCUGAACAUGCCACAGGCGCCAGAUCCGACCCCUUUCGAGACGACACGUCAAUUGGUACGAAUGACGGGAGGGAGAUGGAAUCCUCACCGAGAGCAACUACUACUUCAACUCUUGCGCGCAGUAGAGCAGGGACCCUCGGCAACAGAUCGUUUUUCCCUCCCUCUCCUACGCGCUCCCCAACCCGUCUCAAUCGCCUGAGUGGCUUGUCUAAUUUCUCGAACGAUGAUCACAAAAAUGAUGAAACUCCCGACUCAAUCACUAGAGGGAUUGCCAAGGAAAAGCCGGACGCUGAAAAGACUGGCCAGGGCUCAAUCCGCACAAGCGACGAAGGCACUGAAACGAAUCCAGAACAGAACUCACAACCGGAAGUCGGAGAAGAAAGAUCGCGUUCCCCAUCCAGGGCAAGCUCGACUUUCGGGGAUAGUAGUUUGGGACAUCGAUACUCGAGCAUAUCUUCUGUCUCGACGGCAACUGGACUCGGAUCUCCCGUACCCCUUUCAAGCGUCCAAAAACUCGAGCCAGAACAGCGUUCUCGUUCAUCGUCGCCGACAAAAGGUCUUGGAGGCUUUGUGCAGAGCGCCAUGAUGAAGCGAUCGGAUAGUUUACCCAACCGCAAUAGCAUUGCUGGCCCAGCGUAUGGCGAUGUGCAUGCUCCUGUAUCUCCGUCGAGGCUUGGCCGCGAGGACCCGUUCAUUGCGUCCCAGAGACCAAGUUCCAGCCACAGCGAGGCAACGAUUGUCCACAAUGCGAAGGAGAGCGAAAGGCCGGCAACGCCGCCGAUGGUGAACAAGGUGGAGACAGACGAAGCUACCGCCAGACCUACGCUUCGCGUCAGAGCUCUCAGCGCAUUGAGCGGAAAUGGACACGACUCCGACUCGAAUUCGUUGCCGUCCGCGAGCCCCGUUGUCUCGAGGACCAUGGAUCCCAGGCGCUGGAGUCCCACAAAAUCGACAUGGCUCGAGAGCGCUCUUAAUCGGCCUGACUCACCAAAGCACAAGAGGCAGCACUCACAGCAAACAUCAUGGGCGAAAGAUCGACAAUCAAGGGCAAGCGUCGAUCUAAGCCGCCUGAAUAGCUUCAAGGAAGUCACUACGGUCGGGCUCAUGCGUUCAGCUGCACCUGGUAGUCACUAUAAGACCCAGAGUGUCUCUGGGAUCCCGGAUCUACGAAGUAAUCUGGACAUCAACAAAUCUAAGGAAUCCAGGGACCAGCCGUUGUCCCACUCUGAAGACAGCGAACCCAAGACCGCAGAGACACCCAAGGUUGAAACAACACCCGAUCAUGAGGCUACCCGGAAGGUGGAGGAUACUCGCGAAUCCGUGGAUACGAAGCCCGAAGCUUCGCCUACAAAGCAAGAAAGUGGACCGGAAGGCAAGACCGAGGAUGCUCCAACACGCAGACGUGCACCGUCCCUCCUAGUACCCGUCAAUAAAACUGAGAUCUGUCCACCUCUCUCAUCUCCUCGAGACCCUUUAUUGAACAGACCAAAGCCACAAUCCCCUGUGAUAGAUUUCCGUGCGAAUUUGCGAAAGCGAGAAAUUACCAAAGAUGAAGCACCGAAACAGGAACCGGAGUUCAAGAAUGUGUUUGGCAAAUUAAAGAAAGCCGAGUCUUCGACCUACGUUGCCCCGGAUGAGCUCAGAAAUAAUAUCCUGAAGGGCAAAGCAGCGCUGAAUGCGACAGGCGGCCCGAAGAAGACCCCGAAGGUUGAUGAUCUGAAGGAAAGUAUCUUGAAGCAGAAAGAGGCAAUGAAAGCGAGCGGAGGCUCACUGAGACGUAACACGGCCGGAGAAAUCGAUGCUCCUGCGAAAAUGAUUCCAGAAGCGAUUGCCAAACGGAAUAACCUGUCUAAAUCUAGCAGCAGCAGUAGGAGCACCUAUUCUGGUGGUGCCUUGACUUCGCCGUCAUCUGAGGACUACCCAACACCGAACGGUCUCAAGAAUGACCAGGAGUCGCCUUCUUCCCCGCGUAAGGACGAACAGGCGCAGGAGGCACAGUACUCGCAGACUGCAGCAGAGGUUUCAGCGCCCAACAGACCGAAAGACCAGGUUGCGGAUUUGGCAUCUUCUGAGGCUGGAAAUGUGGAGACCAAGGGCGAUGAUUUCGAGAAUCAGUUGAUCACAGACUCAGCAUUCACCGCAGAGAACACGUCUGAGAUAAGGGACAAGCAGAUUGAAGAGGCCAUCAAACCGGUGCGUGCUCUGCCGUCGGGGACUGUUGCGGAGGCUGCAGAAGCGCCUGCUGCUACUGAAGGUCUUGCUACUAAAGGUCAACUCGCAGGCCGAAUAAACCCUGCCUUGGCGGGUCUCUUGUCUCGCGGCCCUCCUAUUAUCAGUGGGAACUCAACCAAGCACUUCUCGACAGACUCAAUGCGGGAAGGUAGCUCCGAAUUCUCUGACAGUCAGGCUACUGCACCUCUUACCCAUAUGACGAAGAACCUCACGGAAUCGACGACGCCGCUGAUCAACGAUGCUGCGACCGUUCCAGAGAACGAUAACUCUUCAUCUGAUAUUCAUGAAACGGAAUUGGCGCCAUUAUCCAGCCAAGAUAUUGCGAUGACUUCUGUCGGUUGGCCGCUUCCGGACGCUGAAACAACUAGCCCCAUGGUCUCUGAGCCGACCCUGCCUCCACUGACUUAUUCAGCCUCUGAAAAACCAGUGGAAUUCAAGCGAACCAUACUGCAUCUUAUAGAGCGUAGACUCGAGCAAAAGCUCGCACACCGGGACUCCAAGUCUUCGAUGGAUAUGGACCCUUCGCCUCCCCCCAAGGACGAUUCGGAAGACAUCGAAAAUCUUGGAGACUCUCCCUCGAGAAGACCGACUCUACCGCCAAAGCCAAGUAUGCCGCCCUCGUCACCCGUUCCAGUGCAAAUACGGAGUUCUCCACAUCAGUAUUCGUCACCGUCUUCUUCUCCUCUCAGAACAACCUUUAGAGAGAACCGACUGCACUCUCCUCGAGCAACUCCGCAGAAAUCCCCGAAGAACUAUACAUCUGGUGGUUCGAUCGAAAACUCUCGAGAUAAAGCAUUGCCUUCUCCUCCUGUUCCUUCUAAAUGGAGCAAAAUCUCUGCCGACCAACAGUCCUUAUCGACGAGAUCAUCAGUGUCUUUGGUACCCCAGGCCGAGGAAUCCCUUGAAGUCAUUUCGGGCUUUUUCAAGGCUUUGCCAAACUCAAAGGAUCGCGUGAACAUUGACACGCAAUUGAUGCUUACUAGCAAGACCGACGAUCUCAGAAUUAGGACUCUGAAGAGGCAACUUUGGGAGAUUACUGGUGAUGGGAAGAGGCAGGACCUUCCUGUUAACCAGGAAUACAUUCUUUACGAAGGAAGUAUGUACCUGUGCGUACAUGUGUUUCAGUCGGAAGGAGUUGCACUCUCUGAAACCCACCUUUGGUGCGGUGACGAUGUGAGUGAUGCGGCCAGGGACGAUGCGCAGCCAUUCUCCCGCAAAGUCGCCAGGGAAAACGGCUGCAAGCUAGAGGUUAUCAAGCAAGGCAAAGAGACUUCCAGAUUCAUACAAGCCCUUGGUGGGAUCCUCAUCACACGCCGUGGGGCUAAUUCCCGCUCCAGCUCUUCUGCCAUCUUUAUGCUCUGCGGACGAAAACAUCUCGGUCAAAUGGUGUUUGACGAGGUCAACUUCUCAAGAAGCAAUCUUUGCUCAGGCUUCUCUUAUGUAAUUUCUGCCAUGUUUGGCAAAUUAUACCUGUGGAAGGGCAAAGGAAGUACUGCUGAAGAGAUUGGCGCCGCCCGCCUCAUUGGCAUGGAUCUCGGCCUGACGGGCGAGUUCGAAGAAGUGGCCGAAGGAGAGGAGCCUGAAAGCUUUUUUGAGGUCUUUUCGCACCAACGAGAGGCCGAAGAAUCCAUGCACUCAGAUUACUGGCGGCUGAAACCGAACCAUGACCAUUAUCGCCUGAGAUUAUUCCGAGUAGACCACGAGCUGGGUCAGCGAACAGGCGGUUUUUGGCUUCGACGAGUGUCGGGACCAAAUGACACCGUUCAGGAAAUUGUGCCAUUCUGCCAGAAGGACAUUACGGCCAAAGGCAUCUACAUUCUGGACACCUUCUUCGAGAUUUAUGUUAUUGUUGGUGAACAAGCAUCUCAACAACCUGCCGAAUUCGCAUCAGCGGUCGUGUUUGCGCACGAGUAUGGCAUUCUGGCUGCUUCCCUUCAGGAUCGGCCCUUCAUUCCCAACAGUCUUGUCUCCAUCGGAGGUAUUCCCGAGUCGGCUCGCAGCGCAUUUCGCAAAUGGGACAAACCGUCUGCACAAAUGCGUCCGCGAGUGUUUCCUCUAAACGCGGCAAUUGAGUCUAUUCGCUCUUGAAGUCAAUUUUCGGGCGAUGUUGAUAUAUUUUUUUUUGUCCCUUUUCUGGUUCAUAACUGAUUCAAUUUAUGGUGGGAUUGUGCAUAGUCUGGUCUGUACAGAUAAGGAGCUUGGCUGAUCCACGGAGCCCGGGAUGGAGCAUGUACUACUUGAUAUUUGACUGUAUUUCUCGGUUGCACAUAGAGAGGUAUUCUUCAUACAGGGGUCCUUGGGCUUGACUGUAUAAAAUUCAGGCGACUGUGCUGGGAUUCAUACACAGCCAGG